CUGUACCCAACCUCCAUCACCUGGCACCUAGUAUACUGUGGAGGAGAGGCUGAACUGGGGGCACAGGAACUGGAAGACCCCAGAGAUGGAAGUGAGUGAAGGCUGGAGCUGAGCGCGGAGUUAAGGAGGAGGCACUGAGAGGAGUGCGGGGGGCAGCAGAGAGAGGAGGAGGAGGGCUGCACCGCCGAGAGAUGGAGGAGACGAUCCACACAUGGAAUGCUCCAUCAUGCACUAGCCUCCUGCGGUAGACAGGGAGCCGUCCGCCUCCUCACAGCCGGCGGGUCCUGACAGCACGAGGACUAAACUUAUCCGGGGAGAUGUGACAGCAGAGCACGGGCAGACACCCCGGGUCAUGGGACAUCCCAGGCGGCAGGACAAAGCCUCCCCCUCUAGAAAGUACUGCUAACAGCGACCAGAUAGCAGCCUGCUGCACCAGUCUACUCUCUGAAAAUGGCAGUGAUCAAAUGGAUUAAAACCGAAGGCAUCUGUCACAUAUUCGGAUUCAAUCAAUUUUAAAAAAGCAACCCAAAGGCCCAUGUCAUAGGAUGAACACUGCUUGUCCCCUCUUACUAUCUGUGAUAUCGUCUCUUGUCUUGUGCUCUUGGGGUUCUCACCCCACACCGAGCACAUGCUCGGCUUUGGCCUCUGGAGUUCUCUACGGAGCAUUCUCUCUUAAGGACCUGUUUCCUGUUUUCUCACCUGGCUGCUCCUGGACCCUGGAGAACCCAGACCCAACAAAAUACACAUUGUACCUGAAGUUCACACACGAGGAGCAAGUGUGCUCUCAUUUAUCCCCCAUGGUGCAGCCAUUGGAUCAUUAUCUCCCCAACCACACUUGCAACCGUCCUGAGGAAGGAGCAGAACAAGCUCGUGAACUUUGCCACUCUGGAUCACCUUUUACUUUCUCUCACUUUGACAAAAACUUCCUUCGGAUUUGCUUGUCUGAGCAACCCCUUUCCAUUCAGCUACUGCCUGACUCAAUCCUGAGUUUCCGCUUUGUGGAGGUUCUCUUGGUCAACCAUGAUAACUCUAGCCUCUUUGCCUGUGGUGUACUGUGCCGAUGGUUCGAGGAGUGCUUGCGAGCUCAUGACUGGGGUGUACGUUGUGGAUUAACACAGACUGGCUGCACCUGCCCUGAAACUGCAGCCCGGGGGCGGAAUGACACAGUCUCCAAUUCCAUUGUUCCUGCAGGACAUAACAGUGACUGCUGCGUUACACAACUACUCCCAGGAAGCAACAAUGAGGCAUAUCCCCGCCCAGUACCUUAUGGUGAAGAUGAACAGGAAGAGAAUCAGAAGGUCAAAACCCAGAGGCCACGAUCUGCAGAUGAGCCUGCUGUAUACAUGGCACAGACAGGUGAUCCUGCUGCUGAAGGAUGGUCACAGUGGGGAGUUUGCUCAACGACAUGUGGUCUAGGCACUCAAGUACGCACCCGCUCCUGUGUGUCAUCUCCAUAUGGAACGUUGUGCAGUGGUCCACUGAGGGAGACACGGAAUUGCAACAACACAGCUACUUGCCCUGUGGAAGGGAUAUGGCUGGACUGGGGCCCGUGGGAAAGAUGCUCUGUAACAUGUUCAAACGGAACCCAACAAAGGAAAAGAGAGUGCAGCAACACAAGCCAAGCAGGCGGAGAGUGCAGGGGGCAGCAAACAGACACCAGGGAGUGCAGUAAUCCCAAUUGUCCAGGGGAUGGAAAAUGGGGCCCGUGGAAUCAUUGGAGCUUGUGCUCCAAAACAUGUGACAGUGGCUGGCAGCGACGCUACCGGAUGUGUCAGGGAACAGGAUUACAAGGAUAUCCAUGCGAGGGCUCCGGGGACGAGGUCAGGACGUGCAGUGAAAAGAAAUGCCCAGCAUUACACGAAAUGUGUAAAGAUGAGUAUGUCUCAUCUAUGACCUGGAAGAAAACAGCUGCAGGCGAAAUUGUGUACAACAAGUGUCCUCCAAAUGCCACAGGAUCAGCAAGUCGUCGCUGUCUGCUCAGUCCCCAGGGUGUUGCCUACUGGAGUUCUCCGAGUUUUGCCCGUUGCGUUUCCCAUGACUACAGAUAUCUUCAUCUUGCACUUCGUGAACAUUUGGCAAAAGGUCAGCGCUUAUUGGCAGGGCAAGGGAUGACACUGGUUGUACGGAGCAUGCUGGAGUUGGUGUCAACCAAGAAUUACUACAGUGGAGAUCUUCUUUUCUGUGUUGAGAUCUUGCGCAAUGUAACUGAUACUUAUAAAAGAGCAACCUAUAUACCAUCCUUUGAAGACAUUCAGAAGUUUUUCCAAGCCGUCAGCCACAUACUGGAUGCAGAUAAUAGAGAGAAGUGGGAGGACGCUCAGCAGGUGGCCCCAGGCUCUGUUCUCCUCAUGAAGGUGCUUGAAGAUUACAUCCACCUGGUUGGAGAUGCGCUAAAACCUUUCCAGAGUUCCAUCAUUGUCACAGAGAAUCUGGUUAUUAGUAUCCAGAGGGAACCUGUCUCAGCUGUUUCCAGUGAUAUAAACUUCCCCAUGAAGGGUCGCCGUGGGAUGAACGACUGGGCUAGAAACUCUGAAGAUAAACUUUUUAUUCCCAAAGAAGUUCUCACUCUGCCCCAAGCAGAGACAGAGGACUCCGCAUAUUUUGUGAUUGGUGCGGUGCUUUACCGCACUCUGGGGCUCAUCUUACCUCCUCCGAGUAAUUCACUAGCUGUCAGUUCAAAGGUUCUGACUGUCACUGUCCGUCCUCUCACCAAACCUGUAGAGCAGCUAGCGGUGGUGGAAUUAUCACACAUAAUCAAUGGCACAUCAAGUCCCCAGUGUGCUGUCUGGGAUUAUUCUAAAAGUGAUGCAUCUAGUGGGAGCUGGGACACUGAAAGCUGCCAGACCCUACCAACCCACCCAUCCCACACCAAAUGCCUUUGCAACCAGCUCUCCACCUUUGCAGUGUUGGCACAGCUUCCCAAGGAGUUGGUAAUGGAUGUCUCUGGUUCUCCAUCGGUCCCCUUGAUGAUCGGCUGUGCUGUGUCCUGCAUGGCUUUGCUCAUUCUUCUUGCUGUUUAUGCUGCAUUUUGGAGAUUCAUUCGUUCUGAGCGCUCAAUCAUCCUACUCAAUUUUUGUUUGUCCAUUCUUGCUUCUAACGUUCUGAUUCUGGUGGGACAAUCACAAGCUCUCAGUAAAGCUGUCUGUGCUUUGAUCGCUGCUUUCUUGCACUUUUUCUUUCUUUCCUCUUUUUGUUGGGUGCUAACCGAAGCCUGGCAAUCCUACCUGGCUGUCAUUGGGCAAAUGAGGACACGAUUGGUCCGUAAACGCUUUCUGUGCCUGGGGUGGGGGUUACCAGCUCUUGUGGUUGCAGUUUCUGUUGGCUUUACUAGAACAAAAGGAUAUGGGACCCCCCAUUAUUGCUGGCUGUCUCUGGAAGGGGGGCUACUCUAUGCCUUUGUGGGACCAGCAGCAGUCAUAGUUCUGGUGAACAUGCUGAUUGGCAUCAUUGUCUUCAACAAGCUAAUGUCUCGGGAUGGUAUAUCGGACAAAUCCAAAAAGCAGAGGGCAGGGGCAUCUCUCUGGAGCUCCUGCGUGGUCCUUCCUCUGCUUGCUCUCACGUGGAUGUCUGCAGUUUUGGCAAUGACUGACCGUCGAUCUAUCCUCUUUCAAGUCCUCUUUGCAGUAUUCAAUUCUGUUCAGGGCUGUGUGAUCAUUACUGUACACUGCUUCCUGCGCCGCGAGGUUCAAGAAGUGGUGAAAUGUCAAAUGGGUGGGUGCCGUAGUGACGAAAAUGAAGAUUCUCCAAACUCCUGCAAAAAUGGUCAACUCCAGAUCAUGACAGAUUUUGAAAAGGAUGUGGACUUGGCUUGCCAGUCUGAUGAGAAAGGAUCGUGGUACACAGCACACGGAGAAACUGUUCUUUUUAAGGAACUAAACACGUGCCACCCUUCUAGUGUGACUGGAGCUCUAUCCAGAAUAUCUUUAGAUGAUGAGGAUGACUUAAAGCUGCACAAAGGUGGUGAUGGCAUCAGCUUCUCGCACCUUCCUGGAAACCUUUCCUCUCCAGGAGGCAUUCUCUUGCAGGUUCCCAAAAUGACCCACAACCAAGUGAAUGAGCUUAAUGAAUCUCUUCCAAAAAAAGAGAUUAAUUUGGAGCGUGGCCCCCUAUAUUUGUGUCCAGAGGGAAAUUUGUGGCCUUUAGACUUUGGGGAUGCUCCUCAGGAACCAUCACUGGAAAGUGAGUAUAUGGUUCUCCCCAGACGGACUUUGAGUCUGAAACCUUUUAAUCGGGACCAAGGAAAACUCAACAUGAAGCUUUCUGAACUGGGAAAAGGGCGCCAGCAAGGCGACACGGAUAGUUUCCCUAAUUUCCUGUCAGUGGACCACAUUAACAUCAACCUCACCCCACCCUAUGUUCCAGCACAUCAUCAGUAUGGAUUACCGUUUAAACAACCACCCUCUGUCCGGCAGAUUCUGGCAUCAGAGAUGAAUGAAAGGAGUCGUACAAUGCCCCGCACGGUGCCUGGUGCAUCUCUGAGUGCUGGGUCUCUUGAGAAACCACAUCAACCUGUCCCUGUGUUUCUCCCUCAGCGGAAGAGAUUGAGAUACUCAGAUAUGGAUUUUGAGAAAGUGAUGCACACAAGAAAGAGACAUUCAGAGCUUUAUCAUGAAUUGAACCGCAAGUUCCACACACUGGAAAGGUACCGGGAUGCCAGUGCAAAGAGAGAUAAACGUUGGAGUAUAUCCUCAGGAGGAGCAAUGGAAAGAACCUCAGCCAGCGAGAAGACAAGUCCAGCUGGUCCUCAUCAAAAGGUUUGGGACAGCUACAGAGUACGUUCUUCUCAGAUCCAUGACCGCCUGGGCCUACAUUGUGUGGAUUGGGAUCAGCCUCCACAUGUAUCUAUGGAUAUGUCAGAUGGGGAUUAUCAGACUGAAGUAUAAGGCAAUCUCCCCUUUUAUCUAUUAAUUUUAUUAACCUCUUGGACUCCAUCUGAUUAUCCUGACACACCAGGGAACCAGUAAUAUGGUGUGUUUGGUCUAAGCCCAUAGAGGAUUACACUUGGCUAAUGGAGUACUCACUGGAAAUGUACUUGAAUAUAUGCCAAAUGAGACAAGUCAGCAGUAAUUGAUGGUCAAUAUAUGGACUGAGCAACUCUCUGGAGAUGCAUCAAUCUGAUUUCAAGAAUAUUCAUCCAGGAUCACUUUUUCACUUUAAUGUAAGGAGGUCCAAGACAGCAAGAAGCUGUUUUUUCUCUUUAUAAACACACAUGUUGUUCUGUCACUCAACUUUGUCUGUCCUGCUUCCUGGACAUUGCUUGUCGAGUGACCAUUUUCUUCCAGUUUUAUUGCCUCCCCCCUCUCCCCUGCCUUUCGCCAUAUUCAGGCAGGGAUGAUGGGCAUUACCUUGCUUGAUGGACAUCUAAAAAGGUCAGUCAAACUGGACUGCACUGGCCUAUCUUACUCCUUGCUGAGAUUUCUGAAGUACAGGUCAGUGAGAAAGGGGGUCAGGUGGUGCUGGGUUUUAAAAAUGCCUAGAAUUUGUUUAAAAAGGAGAAAAAAAAAUAAAAAAAAAUCUUUUGAAACGUGA